UGAAGCCACAAGCGCUGAGCCCUCUCGUCGGGACGGCCUUAAGGGCUGACCGCGUGUGUUGCUGCCCAGCCCAAACCUCACCGACAUGUCCUACGCUGGAAAUUAAUUGCCUUAGGCCCUAUGUGCUCACGCCGGUGACUGGUCGGCACGAGAGGCCCAAGGCAGCCAUCACUUCCUCCUACUGAGAUGUCAUUCUCGCAACCGGGCUACUGUCAUGGUUAAUAUGCGAUGCCUAGGCGAGCCUGCUUCGCUAGUUAGUCUGACCCGACUACCGUCCUUCUUGCAAUAUCCGCGCCGUGCCGCGCAGCUGGGAACGGCACGGGGACACGACCAAAGAUUGCCUACCGUCUCUCAGGCCUGGCUAUAAGCUUGAGGGUCUGCCUUCUCCAAAACGGGAUACAAAGGGAUCUGGCGCAUCCGUCACCGAGGUCAUUGCCUCGCUCCGCACGCAGCCGCUGGUCAUUGGUCACGAUCGCCACUAGCCCCAGCGCCCGUGGUUGCAAUAUUGCUUGUCGUUGUGCCGCUCUGCAGACAAUACCUGGGGAUCGAGCCACCUCCCUAUUCCGGACGGCCACAAGACCGCGCGCUGCUGCCGUGAGGCAUCAGACACGCGGAUCAAGCAGCCACCAUGAUGGCUCCAAGGUCCUCGUUCUCUGGGCGGGCCUCGUCCCGGGACCCCAAGCCAAAACCAUCUGCAUCUGGCCCGCCACUCCGUGGGACUGCUGCUAGUAAUAACAUUGUCAAACCGCUCCCGGAACCCGCAUCAACCACUGUUAUCAUCAUGGUAUCAGCGCUGCUACUUGCCCUUGGGCUGCUAGCCACUCGUCAUGUCAACGGGGUCCCAGCACCGCGGCCCGAGGGCCUGCAGGGGGAUGCCGCUGCGGCGGCGGUAUCCUGCACCAGCCAGGGAAUCGCCCCUAUACUCAGCUCCUUCCCCCAGGCGGGCAUCACCCUGACGCUGGAGCGGGCCUCGGCCGUCGGCGCGGGGGGCAGCUUCGGCGAGGGCGCGGGCAACCUGGGCGUGCCCUACCCGGCCACACGCCUGCCCGCCGUGUGUGCCGUUAUCGUGCGCGUGCGCAACGCCACGGACCAGCCGGCGUCGGACUUCCGCUUCGGCCUCCUCCUUCCCACGGCCUCGGGCGCCUGGAACGGCCGGUUCCUCGCCAUCGGAAACGGCGGGUUCCUGGGCGGCAUUAACUGGCCGUUCAUGGCGUCGGGCCCUCACUACGGCUUCGCCACCAUGUCAACCGACACGGGUCACAACUCGGCCGGCUUCGAUCUUAGCUGGGGCCGCGGCAGACCGGCUGACCUGUACGAGUGGGGCUACCGCGCCAUGCGCGGGUCCGUGGCCGCGGCCAAGCACGUUACCCAGGGCUUCUAUGGCUCGAGCCCGCGCCGCUCCUACUUUACUGGCUGCUCCACCGGCGGCCGCCAAGGGCUCAAGGCGAUCCAGGGCGAGCCAGACAGCUUCGACGGCGCCCUGAUCGGGGCGCCCGCUUGGGACACCAAGCACCUGAUGCCGUGGGCCACCAAAGUCGGCAAGGACAACCUGCGGUCCGACGGCUCCCUCAUCUUGGACCCGACCGAUACUUCGGUGGGCGGGCCGCUGGACACGCUGCGGCGACAGGUGAGCCUCCAGUGUGACGGCCGCGACGGCGUGACCGACAACAUCGUCAGCAGCCCGGAGCUGUGCGUGCUCAACUACACCACCUUCACCUGCCGGCCGGGCCAGGUCACGGCCUGCCUGACGGGCGAGCAGGUGAAGCUCGUGCAGACUUUCUACUCGGACUACUCGCUGGCUGACGGCUCCCUCGUCCACAACGGCAUGGAGCUCUCGUCCGAGACGGAGCUCAACAACUGGGCCUCGUACCUGAGCAGCCCAGCCGUCGCCAACGUGCAGUACGAGCGCAAUUUCCUCUACAACGACACCACCUGGAGCCUGAGCCAGUACUCGGAGGACGUGGUGCGCGACUCGCGCCGCGUCAACCCGGGCCAAGCCAGCGCCGACUCGUUCGACCUGCGCCCGUUCCGUGCCCGUGGCGCCAAGGUGAUACUGUACCAUGGUAUGGGUGACGGGCUCGUGCCGACGAGGUCCACGACGCACUAUUACAACCGCACGCGCGAGGUCACGGGCGGCGGAAAGGGGCUCGACGACUUUCUCCGCUACUUCCUCGUCCCGGGCAUGGGCCACUGCUGGUUUAGCCCGGCGGCCACGAACGCGCCGUGGAUGUUUGGCGGCGUCGGCCAGGCCGCGGCGCUGGCGGCCGUCGCGGGCGCCCCGGCCGAGUUCACGCGGCCCUCGCCCCCGGGCACGCCGCUGUUCCGGUCCGACCCGGACUACGACGCGCUGCGCCGCCUGGUGGCCUGGGUCGAGGACGGCGCCGCCCCGGAGGUGCUCAAGGCCGCCGCCUACACGGCCGGGUGGCGUGUCGCGAGGACCAGGAAGCUGUGCCCGUACCCGCGCAAGGCGGUGCUGGUGGACGCGGCCAGGGAGGACGACGAGGCUGGUUGGGUGUGUCAGUGAUUUGGGGGGGUUGGGAGGGACAUGAUAUGUAGGAGGAACAGGGGUUCGAUUAGCAGCAGG